AUGGCUACGGUCAUGGAGGAAUCUGCAGAUCGCAAAGAGCACCGCACCUCUGACAGCACCUUCCUAGUCUUCAUGUCUAAUGGAGUCAGGGCUGGGCUCCGUGGGACCAAGAGCAGAAGCAAGACCUCAGACAUCCUUUCCCUCAACACCAUCUAUGAGAAAUUCAACAACAAGCACUGCCAGGCACUGCUGGGCAAACCCAAAGUGGUCAUUUCCCAGGCCUGCCGCAAUACAGGGUCUGUGAUGGUGAGCAACUCCGAAGAGUCUGACAGGUCCACUCCAAGCUUGACUGAUAGCAUCUCUGCAGGGCUGGAAGAUGAUGCAGUCCGUGAAGUCCACCUGGAGAGUGAUUUUUCCACUUUACAUUCCUCCACACCUGACUUGUCAUCUUCUGUCUCCCCAUAUACUGUGUCCUGGAGACACCCAGUAACAGGCUCCCUUUUCAUCCGGAGCCUGAUAGAGCAAAACCACGCCUGUACCAGCAGCUUACAGGAACUCUUCUGAAAGGUCCAAUAUUCCUUUGACAAAUUCCCUCAGCAGUUGCCAUCACAAGAAUGGACUACAAUGCUCAGGAAGUUCUACUUUUUGCCAGGCCACUGAUCUACCCACACCUCCAGAUGACCCCAAACUGAGCAAACUUCCCAG